GGCCGAGGCGCCGCGGGCUCCGCGGGGGAGCCACGCCGCGGGAGCGUCAGCAAGUCUCUCAGGAGAUGGCCCCAGGGGUUCCUGUACUGCUGCUGCUGUUGCUGUUGCGUCUGCCCAGUCUCCCACCCUGCACCACUGCUUGUCCCGCCGACUGCCGCUGCUACAGCACCACGGUGGAGUGUGGGGCCCUGCGGCUGCGUGUGGUCCCCCCCGGAAUCCCACCUGGGACACAGACACUGUUCCUGCAGGACAACAGCAUCGUGGGCCUGGAGCCGGGCACCCUGGCGCCCCUUGCCGCCCUGCGUCACCUGUACCUGCACAACAACAGCCUGCGUGCCCUGGAGCCGGGUGCCUUUCGUGCACAGUCUCGCCUGCUGGAGCUCGCGCUCACAGGCAACCAUCUGCGAGGCCUACGCCUCGGUGCUUUCGCUGGCCUGGCCCAGCUGCGUGUACUCUACCUGGCUGGUAACCAGCUAGUGCAGCUGCUGGAUUUCACCUUCCUGCAUCUGCCGCGCCUGCAGGAGCUGCACCUGCAGGAAAACAACAUCGCGCUGCUUGAGGACCAGGCCCUGGCUGGGCUUUCCUCAUUGGCACUGCUGGACCUCAGCAGGAACCAGCUAGGCACCAUCAGCCGCGAGACCCUGCAGCCCCUGGCCAGCCUGCAGGUCCUGCGCCUCACAGAGAACCCAUGGCGCUGUGACUGUGCCCUGCACUGGCUGGGAGCCUGGAUCAAGGAGGGGGGUCAGAGGCUGCUCAGCUCCAGGGACAAGAAGAUCAUGUGUGCAGAGCCCCCACGCCUGGCACUUCAGAGUCUCCUGGACAUUUCUGGUAGUAGCCUCAUUUGCAUCCCGCCUUCUGUGCACGUUGAGCCGCUUGAGGUGACGGCCAACCUAGGUGAGGACCUGCGGAUUGCCUGCCAGGCUUCCGGCUACCCGCAGCCUCUGGUAACCUGGAGAAAGGUGGCACAGCCUCGCGAGGGACAACCACGAGCCCAGGCCCGGCCAGAACGCUGGGCGCUGGGCUCAGGUGGGCAUGCGGCCCCUGACACCGGCAGCGGCAUGCUCUUCCUCAGCAACAUCACCCCGGCCCACGCGGGCAAGUACGAGUGUGAGGCCUCCAACGCCGGCGGCGCCGCUCGCAUGCCCUUUCAACUCCUGGUCAACCUGUCCCAGCAGCAGUUGCAACUAGCACCUCGGCCGCCCCCGGCCCCGGGCUCCGGCGGCCACGAGCCCCUGCACGAAGUGAGUAGCAUGGCCUUCCGCGCCCUGGGCCUGGCCACGCAGGCGGCCAUUGCGGCGGCCAUCACGCUCCUGGCCUUCACGGCGCUGCUGCUGGUCACCUUGAUUUGUCGCCGGCGCCGCAGGCGGAAAAAGGCACCAGGACCGCCGGGGGAGGGUGCGCUAUUUGUCAACGACUACUCGGACGGGCCCUGCACCUUCGCGCAGCUCGAGGAGCUCCGCGACGAGCGAGGCCACGAAAUGUUCGUCAUAGACCGCUCUAAGCUGCUCUUUGCCGAAGGUCCAGCGGAGACAGCAGAGGGCGCGGAGCCCACACUCGGGCCCGCGCAGGGGCUUCCGCUGCAACCACCCACCACCUACGAGAUCCACUGCUGAGGGGCGGGGGCGGGGGGGGGUGGCGCGCCAUGAUGACAUAAGCUCUGCGGAUUGGCUGGCUGGCAGACUGGCUUCGCGCAUGCUCCAGCGCCGUCAGUAAAGGGU